GAUCGCUUUUCCCUGCUCACUUUUCACUAUCACUAGAUACUCGUUUAUGCCUCUAUCCAAAUAUAUUUUGUUUUGUUUUUGUACUUCUUGGCAUUUGGUAAAUUAUUUCCCUUCGGCUUUUCUACAAUAAGAAACUAUUACAAUGGUUUUAGUUACUACAAGUUUUGAGUCGAGUCAUUUUGUGUUCCCCCGUUCGAGAAUUUUCAAAAGAUAGCGGCCGCGCUUCAUUGCUGAUUUGAAUUUAAAGAUAGUCUUUCGGAAACCUCCGAAUCGUUUAGUUGAGGUUUUUACUCUGUCGUUUUUCGCUUUUUCGAUUUCUUUUUUUUUCUUUUGAAUCUUUCGUUUUAAUGUUCUUUUGUUGUUGUGGAAUUCAUUAAUUUUCCAAAACAUUCUUUGUGGAAAUUUGUGACCAUACUUACUACUUCACUACCUUGAAGGGCUUGAAGUAUAAAAUCAAAGUGCAUUUUGUGAGAGCUUUCUUAAAUUUGUUCAGCAGUGGUAAAAGAGUAAAAACCUAAUAAUUUGUAUUGUGGUGCAUUUUCGAGUGUGUUUUAUAUUUUCAAGAUCAAAAUAUUUGAAGAUAAAAAGUGUAUCUAUACUUAUUGAUAAUUGUGAUUGUGUUUUUUGGGGAAAAAAUAUCAAACCGAUUUGUUCGAAAAGUUGAAGAAGUGCAGGAGAAGUGCCAUCUACCUUUUUCUAAUCGUACCAAACGGAAUUCAAAAUAUUUACAAUAUCAAAUCUCCCGUGGAUAUUUACAACACAGCAAAGACUCGUCUCGUAGAUCAUUUAACACAGCUGAAACAACAGGACUUUUCUGUGUUUGAAGAUCAUUUUUUAAUCAUUUAUUUCCGUAUAUAAGCUUUUAACUUAUUAUAUGCAUACGAGCUGCCCCUGAAGCUGAAAUUGUUGAUGUUGUUUUUGAGCUAUUGCUGCUGCUGCUGCUGAAAGCUGAACACUUAAGUUGUACCAAUUGUUAAAUAAAAAAUCUGUUUACGGCCGAUGUUGUUCCUUGGGAAUUUUGUACUAUACUUUUUAUAGAAUGCCAAAAAAACACGACGAAUAUAUCAAUUGAGGUCUAUAAUAAAAAGCUUAUGUUUGCAACUUAAUUGAAUGACAACUCGGACAAACUAAGGGUGUUUUCGGAAAAGAAAGAAAAGUGUUGAAUUGUGAAUUUAGUGCUUUUUCGAUUUUUUUUGUAAUAUCGUUUCUAUUCGAAGCUUUUUUAAUUGGCAAAUCCGACGAUACGCAUAUCGAUAGUAGUUUCUAAAAUGACAGAACCUACAUCGUUUGAGUUAGGUUCGGCGGUGGAUAGACCUACGCGUUUUCAAGUCAAUCCGGUGAAUCAUAAAAAAAAUGAUAAGGACAGUGGCAAGGAAGAUGUGCCACAUGAAGUUUACAGACGGUUGACAAACAUCGAUGGGGAAACUUUAGAGGAUGACCAUUUUAAUGAAGACACCUCGCAAAUACCUCAACAACCACGAACUCAAAGAAUACAGUCCAUCAAAAGCAGUUUUCGUGAUAAAGAUAAACCAUCACGGUUUAAGGAUUUACAAACGACUCGUUUUCAAGUGGAUCCACACAACGAAGACUCAGAUGAUUCAAAUGCAUCCAAUGAAGAUCGUGAAUUACUCGAAAAUGAGUACGACACGAAAUAUGGUAAAAGCUUUCGGCAUUUUACCCGUGAGGCACUACCAAGGCUCGAUAAUUAUCGAAAUAUUAUGUCAAUACAAGCCGCCUACCGUCCCACAUUAGAUGAAUUGCACAAUGCAACUCUUACUGGAAAAAUGUCCCACAGUUUGAACCGCAAUCAGGACCCAGAGAUGGCCAACCUUAAUGGGAUGCUCAAAUUCGGCUGGAUUAAAGGUGUAUUAAUUCGAUGUCUGCUAAAUAUUUGGGGGGUAAUGUUGUUCCUUCGACUUAGCUGGGUUGUCGGCCAGGCUGGCAUAGUGGAGGGUUUUUUAUUAAUACUGACUACAACUGCCGUCACAACAAUUACGGCUCUAUCAAUGUCUGCCAUUAGCACCAACGGAGUAAUUAAAGGAGGUGGGACGUACUACAUGAUAUCACGUUCCUUGGGACCGGAAUUCGGAGGCUCAAUAGGGUUGAUUUUCUCCUUGGCUAAUGCGGUUGCAUGUGCCAUGUACGUUGUUGGAUUCUGUGAAUCAAUGAUGGAUUUGUUGCGCUCAUUUGGAGCCAAAAUCGUCGACGGAGCAGUUCAGGACGUUCGGAUUAUUGGUAGCAUUACAAUUCUAAUUCUAUUAGUUAUUGUCGUUGUUGGCAUGGAAUGGGAAGCUAAGGCGCAAAUAGGACUCUUGAUAAUCCUGUUGAUAGCUAUUGGGGAUUUUAUGAUUGGUGCCCUCAUUGGUCCGAAGUCGGAUGAAGAGAAAGCAAAGGGUUUCAUUGGAUAUAAUUCCACUGUCUUUCAACAAAACCUAUUUGCAGACUACAGAAAAGAGAAAAAUGUCCAACAUGAUUUCUUUUCUGUGUUUGCGAUAUUCUUUCCCGCUGCCACUGGGAUUUUGGCCGGAGCCAAUAUCUCUGGAGAUUUAAAGGAUCCACAAAAAUCGAUUCCUAAAGGUACUAUCAUAGCUAUCGUUAUCACAACAGCUACAUACUUGGUAAUGGUUUUAAUGGUUGGAGCGACUGUUGCACGUGAUGCUACUGGCAAUGUCACAGACGCAAUUAAUGGUUCUUUUGCUUUCCUGGAUUGUGUUCCAGGUAAUUGCAGCUAUGGACUGGAGAAUUCUUUUCAAGUAAUUGAGCUUGUUUCCGGAUUCGGGCCACUAAUCUAUGCUGGGUGCUUUGCGGCAACUUUGUCUUCGGCACUUGCUAGUUUGGUUUCUGCACCAAAAGUAUUUCAGGCUCUAUGCAAGGACGAACUUUAUCCGAAAAUUGUAUGGUUUGCAAAAGGAUUUGGGAAGAACAACGAACCAGUUCGUGGUUAUGUUCUAACUUUUUUUAUUGCCAUUGGAUUCAUUUUGAUUGGAGAACUCAAUUUGAUAGCGCCAUUAAUUUCGAAUUUUUUCCUUGCUGCUUAUAUGUUAAUUAAUUUCAGUACAUUCCAUGCAAGUUUGGCACAACCCGUCGGAUGGAGACCAACUUUUAAGUAUUACAACAUGUGGCUAAGUUUGGUUGGUGCAAUCUUGUGUGUCGCUGUUAUGUUUUUAAUAUCCUGGUGGACAGCACUUAUAACAUUUGUUGCUGUUCUUGCAUUGUACUUAAUUGUGUCAUAUCGCAAACCAGACGUUAACUGGGGCUCCACAACCCAAGCUCAAACUUAUAAAAAUGCUUUAAUAUCGGUGCAACAACUGAACAAUGUCGAAGAACAUGUCAAGAACUACAGACCACAGAUUUUGGUACUUUCCGGCCUACCGAACACACGUCCAGUCCUUGUAGACUUUGCCUACAUGUUGACAAAAAAUCUAUCUCUCCUAGUUUGUGGUCAUGUUUUGCGCGGAUCUAGUUCCCAGAGAUAUCGUAACUAUUUACAAGAACGCGCAACCUCCUGGUUCCGAAAACACCGCGUUAAGGGUUUCUAUUCGCUUGUUGAUGGAGAAGAUUUUGAAGCUGGCUCCAAGGCUUUGAUGCAGGCUUCAGGCAUUGGUAAAUUAAAGCCAAACAUUUUGCUUAUGGGCUAUAAAACUGAUUGGCAGACAUGCGAGCGAAAGGAUUUGAAUUUGUAUUUCAACAUAAUGCACAAAGCACUUGAUAUGUAUUUAUCGGUUGCAAUACUGAGAGUAUCAAACGGUUUGGAUUGUUCGCAAAUAUUGGGAGAUGAAAGUAAUACACAAAGGAAUAUCCUGGAAAUACCACGAACUUUGCAACCCAACGAAAGUUCAACCGACUUGAAUGCCGUCGAUAAGAGUGCUCAAAAUGGACUUAGCGGAAGUAUGGAUUCGCUGAGUAGGAAUGUAUCACAGGGACAAGACAGUGAUAAUGGUCUGAAACUAAUAAAAAUGUUUAAGAUACCUUUAAUACGCAUCACUUUGCAUGAUGAAGCAUCAAGUACAAGUGACUUAUCAUUUACUGUCAAUACUCUUACAAAGACGCAGGAUAUAUCUGGUCUUCCCGAUCCAGCCGACCCCAAAGGACCACAAAUUUUGAAAAAUUCAUUAAGAAAGUCUAAAAAGAGACAUGAUGAUCCUGCUUCAUUGUACAAAGGUCCUGGAGGAGUUGAAUUGCCAAAAGAGGUGCUAAAUGAUUUGACACAAUUUACUAGGAAACGAAGUCAUGCUGUAAUUGAUGUUUGGUGGUUGUACGAUGAUGGUGGACUUACUUUGCUCUUGCCUUAUAUUAUAAGUACACGUAAACAAUGGCAGUCUUGUAAGCUAAGAGUCUACGCUUUGGCAAAUAAAAAAGCAGAGAUGGAGUUCGAACAACGUUCUAUGGCUAGUCUUUUGUCAAAGUUUCGCAUUGAUUAUUCUGACUUACAACUCAUUCCGGACAUCACAAAGAAACCACAAGAAACUUCAACGCAGUUCUUCAAUGAGUUAAUUAAGGACUUUGUUGUGUCUGAAAACAAUGUUAACAUCACGACGCCAGUUAACGAAGACGAAGCUCUUACAACGGAAGAUGACUUAUUGAAUGUCCAGGACAAGACCAAUCGUUACUUACGACUUAGAGAGUAUCUGCUGGAGAAGUCGGUGAAAUCGGAUUUGGUGGUGAUGACACUGCCAAUGCCAAGGAAAAACAUUGUUUCAGCACCUUUGUAUAUGGCAUGGCUGGAGAGUCUGAGUCGUGGCAUGCCUCCGUUCCUGUUUGUGCGCGGCAAUCAAACGAGUGUCCUUACAUUCUACUCGUAGUGUUCUUUAUCGACUUUCCCUCAGACACCCUUCAACACCCUUACCACCCUCCUCUAAGCCGAACAUUUUUGUCUAUUUGUUUUGUAAUUACUUUUUUUUGUUUCAUUUUAAUUUAAGGACACGAAAUAGGCAAUAACACGUUUUGAAUUAAUAGUAUUUUAAUUAAUAUUUAGCUUGUCACAGUUUGUUGAUGUUAAUUUAUUAUUUUAUUAUAAACAAAAUAAUGAUAAUUAUAAUUACCAUGUAAAAUGCAAAACUUAUAUACCUACUAAAACUUAUGUAAGUAAGAGCAACGCUUUUUAUGUAGAUUAGUUUAAAUUAUUUUAAAAUACAGAACUUGUACAAA